GUAGCCGAGAGAGAGAGAGGGAGGGCGAGAGGGAGCCGAUCCUGCAGAAGCGGACGAGGCGACGCUCCUCGAGAAGAGUCUCUUUCCUCCUCCUGUUUUUAUGAUAUUCACGCAAUUUCCGGGAAUUUCCUCAACUUCUCAUUCCCUCCCGCUUUACGGCUUCCCCUCCCGGAAGAGUUUCUUCGAUUUUGUUUCUGGUUCAUUUAUCCUGCUUUCUUGUUUUAUCUGCUGGGAUCGGCGAUGGCGUGGACGCUUGCGGGCAUGCGCGUGCCUCUCGGUGUGGGCGAGGGCUUCGGGUCGAGACCGGGCGGCGAGAGAAGGACGCCUUCUCUUCGUUAUCUUUGCUUUCAGAAGCACCCUGCGCCCCAUCAGGUUUCUUCUAUAAGGAGGUUAUCUUCCAGGAGGACUUCAUCUUACGAUACAGAGUCAACAGCUUCAACCAUGAAUACUUCAGAUAAUGUUCUUGUUCCCGGAAUCCAGAGUGACAUUUCAACAUCUACUGAGGAGAGCCCCCAAGUUGAUAAUGAGGAUGUCCCCCAAGUUGACACUGAUGAUGUACCCCAAGUUGAUACUGAGGAUGUCCCCCAAGUUCAAACGGAGAAAGUUCAGGUAAUUGAGGAAAAUAUGGAGCAAUCAACAAAGAAUGAUGCUGCUUGGAAAACUGAACGCAGGUCUAUACCUCCUUGUAGUAACGGCCAGAGGAUCUAUGAAAUAGAUCCACUUUUAAAAGCUCACCGAACGCAUCUUGAUUAUAGGUAUUCACAUUAUAGGAGAAUGAGGCAUCUUAUUGAUCAAAAUGAGGGGGGCUUGGAUGCAUUUUCUCGUGGAUAUGAGAAAUUUGGCUUUAAUCGUAGUGCUGAUGGAAUAACGUAUCGAGAAUGGGCUCCUGGAGCAAAGUCAGCUUCUCUUGUUGGCGAUUUCAACAAUUGGAAUCCCAAUGCAGAUAUCAUGGCACGGAAUGAGUUUGGUGUUUGGGAAAUUUUCUUGCCAAAUAAUGCUGAUGGCUCACCACCAAUCCCUCAUGGAUCACGUGUGAAGAUCCACAUGGAAACUCCAUCUGGCAUCAAAGAUUCAAUUCCUGCUUGGAUUAAGUUCUCUGUGCAAGCCCCUGGGGAAAUCCCGUAUAAUGGCAUAUAUUAUGAUCCACUUCCUGAGGAAAAAUUUGAAUUCAAGCAUCCCCAGCCAAAAGCACCUAAAUCAUUGAGGAUAUAUGAAGCACAUGUUGGGAUGAGUAGUCCGGAACCUAAGAUAAACACAUAUGCUAACUUCAGAGAUGAAGUGCUCCCACGGAUCAAAAAGCUGGGAUAUAAUGCUGUUCAACUUAUGGCUAUUCAAGAGCACUCAUACUAUGCGAGCUUUGGGUAUCAUGUAACAAAUUUUUUUGCAGUAAGCAGUCGUUGUGGCACCCCUGAUGAUCUUAAAUCACUUAUUGAUAAGGCUCAUGAACUGGGGUUGCUUGUUCUUAUGGAUAUAGUACACAGCCAUGCUUCAAACAACGUGCUGGAUGGCUUGAACAUGUUUGAUGGUACAGAUUCACACUAUUUCCACACUGGUCCACGAGGUUAUCAUUGGAUGUGGGACUCUCGCCUCUUUAACUAUGGAAAUUGGGAGGUAUUGAGGUUUCUGCUCUCUAACGUGAGAUGGUGGCUGGAGGAAUACAGAUUUGAUGGUUUUAGAUUUGAUGGUGUCACCUCAAUGAUGUAUACUCACCAUGGUUUGCAGGUGGCAUUUACGGGAAAUUAUAAUGAGUACUUUGGAUUUGCAACUGAUGUAGAUGCUGUGGUUUAUUUGAUGCUUGCUAAUGACCUUAUACAUGGUCUCUUUCCUGAAGCAGUUUCUGUUGGUGAAGAUGUUAGUGGGAUGCCAACAUUUUGCAUUCCUGUGAAGGAUGGAGGGGUUGGGUUUGACUAUCGCCUUCACAUGGCUAUUGCAGAUAAAUGGAUUGAGCUCCUCUCAAAGAAAAAGGAUGAGGAGUGGUUAAUGGGUGACAUUGUUCACACACUUUCAAAUCGAAGAUGGCUGGAGAAAUGUGUUGCAUAUGCAGAGAGUCACGAUCAAGCACUUGUUGGUGACAAGACUAUUGCGUUUUGGCUGAUGGACAAGGAUAUGUAUGAUUUCAUGGCCCUAGAUAGACCAUCAACUCCUUUGGUAGACCGUGGGAUAGCCCUGCACAAAAUGAUUAGACUCAUAACAAUGGGUUUGGGUGGGGAAGGAUAUCUCAACUUCAUGGGAAAUGAGUUUGGACAUCCAGAAUGGAUAGACUUCCCAAGGGAUGAGCAACGUCUUCCUGAUGGUCGUAUAAUUCCUGGGAACAAUAACAGCUUUGAUAAGUGUAGACGAAGAUUUGAUCUGGGGGAUGCGGAUUACCUUAGAUACCAUGGCAUGCAAGAAUUUGAUCAAGCAAUGCAGCAUCUUGAAGAAGAAUAUGGUUUUAUGACUUCAGAGCAUCAAUAUGUCUCAAGAAAGAAUGAAGGCGACAAAGUGAUUGUGUUUGAAAGAGGGAAUCUUGUAUUUGCUUUUAAUUUCCACUGGAGCAAAAGCUUCACAGAUUAUAGGGUCGGUUGCUUAAAGCCUGGAAAGUAUAAGGUGGUCUUGGAUUCAGAUGACAAGCUGUUUGGUGGUUUUGACAGGAUAGAUCUCAAUGCACGUUACUUUACAACAGAUGGUUGGUUUGAUGACCGCCCUCACUCCAUGUUGGUCUACAUCCCUUGUAGAACAGCGGUUGUCUAUGCUCUAUCCGAGGACUGAAAUAUCGGAUGUCCACAUGAUUGAACACUAAUAGCUUUGCAAGGGGCACUCUCCACGUCAGGUCUGCACAUUCUCUGUGCAGUCAGGAGCCGAACGCCGGCAAGUCCCCUUUAUAUAAUCAAGUGGUGAGGGUGGAUACACAGAAAAGGAACUUGCUUUCUUUGCAAAUUUUUAUUUAUAGAAAUCUCUUUUAGUUUUGGUGCAAGGUUUAUUGACCUGAACUGCUUAUGCCCGUCAUACCAUCUGUUACGAGCUGUUGUGAGAAAUGUAUUAUAAACGAAACAGUUUCCUCGUCA